GCCAACCAAGUUGAGGCCCCCUCCGGGGGUGGGGGAGGCCCGAGACCCGGAGCGAAUUUCUUUAACUCUCUCCACCCCUCCCCCCACCCGGGCCCUAGUGUGAGGAGAAGGGCCCGGCCCGGCCCGCGUCGUGUGUGAGGAGGAACCGGGCCGGCCCACGGGCCGUGUGGGGCCUGGUCCGGGCCGCCGGGUGUGUGAAGACAGGGGCCCGGAGCGGCCCGGCAGAGGGCGAGCGGAGGGGAGGAGCCUGGUCCGGCCCGGCUGGUGCGUGAGGACUGGGGCCCCGGCCCGGCGCCGCCGCCGCCGCGAUGGCCCAGCAGCAGAUGACCAGUUCGCAGAAGGCCCUGAUGCUCGAGCUGAAAUCCCUGCAGGAGGAACCGGUGGAGGGCUUCCGGAUCACCCUGGUGGAUGAAUCCGACCUCUACAACUGGGAGGUUGCCAUCUUCGGACCCCCUAACACGCUUUACGAAGGCGGCUACUUCAAGGCACAUAUUAAAUUUCCUAUUGACUACCCAUAUUCACCACCUACCUUCAGAUUCUUGACCAAAAUGUGGCACCCCAACAUUUAUGAGAAUGGAGAUGUAUGCAUUUCAAUUCUUCAUCCACCUGUAGAUGACCCACAGAGUGGAGAACUGCCCUCUGAAAGGUGGAAUCCUACUCAAAAUGUCAGGACUAUCCUGUUAAGUGUAAUCUCAUUGCUUAAUGAGCCCAACACCUUCUCCCCAGCCAAUGUGGAUGCUUCGGUUAUGUUCAGGAAAUGGAGGGACAGUAAAGGAAAAGACAAAGAGGAUGCUGAAAUCAUUAGGAAACAGGUGUCAGCCACUAAAGCCGAAGCAGAAAAGGAUGGAGUGAAGGUCCCUACGACCCUGGCGGAAUACUGCAUCAAAACUAAAGUGCCUUCCAAUGACAACAGCUCAGAUUUGCUUUAUGACGACUUGUACGACGAUGACAUUGAUGAUGAAGAUGAGGAGGAGGAAGAUGCCGACUGUUAGGAUGAUGACGAUUCUGGAAAUGAGGAGUCGUGACGUGCUCCUUCAAGGCCCCUGUACUGCCCUGCCGUCUCAGGCCAAAGGGAGGGGAGCAAGUGGGGACCUAGCAGUGGCCCCUCAGCAAAAAGCUAUCACGGGGGUGGGGAAAACAAACACGGCUCCUGCUGACUCCCCUUAUGGAUCUCAGUUUGCUCCUUUUUAUGGACCUCUUAAUGGAGAGAAAGUAAUCCUCCACAGAAUGUCUGAAUUCUUGCAUUCUUUACCCUUCCAUCACUGUAUUGAUUCUUUUUUUCCCCCUUUCUUUAAAUCCAAACUCUUGCCUCACUUCGUCUCUACAAAGCGUUCACAGCAAAACACGUUUGGUCCGUUUUUAGAUUCUUGAAGAAUUAGUCUUUCACCAAGACGUUUAAUGUGUUUAAAGCUGGGAACCCAUUGGGAGUUCACAAGUGCUGCAUAUGCUGGGUAGCAAAAGAAAACAACCACAAAACCCCCAGAAAACAAACUUUUUUUUUAAGCAGAUCUGCCAAGGUUUAGCUGCUCAUUUACGUGUGUGUGCAUUUGUUCAGCCCCAUGAUGGUGAGUUUUGUUUCUUAAGGCUGGGGUACAGUGGGCGUCAGGGACUUUGUUCUGAACCUGAUGAGACAUGUUCCUAAGGGCACAGAACCGUCAGCCUCCAGGAAAUCCUCCUC